UUUGAAGUAAAAAGACCUACUCUAUUAAAGGUACACUACCAUGAAGUUCUCAAUUGCUCAAGCCGCACUCCUUCUAUCUGCUCAGGCUACAUUGGUCCUGGGAUUUUACGAUAAACGGGAUGCUGUUGUCGAAUUGAAUUCGAACAACUUCCGCUCUCAAGUAUUGGACACCAAUAAACUCACAGCUGUAGAGUUCUAUGCUCCAUGGUGUGGCCAUUGUCAAAAGCUGACACCCGAAUGGAAAAAAGCUGCUAAUAACCUCAAGGGACUUGUUACUGUUGCUGCUGUCAAUUGUGACGAAGAGGCCAAUCGCCCUGUGUGCUCUCAAUAUGGUAUCCAAGGAUUUCCAACAAUUAAGAUUUUCCGCCCUGAGCGCAAUAAGAAAGGUUCAAUUGUUAAGAAGCCUACAGAUUAUCAGGGUCCCCGUGAAGCAAAGCCCUUGGUAGAUCAUCUUUUAUCUGUCUUACCUUCAGAAGUUCGAUUUGUCAAGGAUAAUGCUGAAAAGGUCAAGUCCCAAAAGAGUAUAAGCAUUGAAGAUUUUUUGGCUAAAGAUAACUCCACUUUGCCAAAGGCACUUUUGUUUACUGAUAAGUCGGCAACAACUCCACUUUACAAAGCACUUUCUGCUGAUUUUGCGAACCGAAUGCUGAUGGGCGAAGUAAAAAAGUCCGAAAAAGAUGUAAUGGAAAUAUUUGGAGUUCAAUCUUUCCCAACCUUGGUGGUCAUUACCCCGGAAAAUGGCUCUAUUAAAUACGAUGGAAAGUUGAAGCAUGAGGCAUUACACAAUUUCCUGAGUAAGUAUGCCUUGGCUGCAGAACCCACCCAGAAGAAACCACAAGAAAAAGAAAAAGAAAAGGAAAAGGAAAAGCCAGCAAAAAAGGAGACACAGGCACCAGCUCCACUACCAACUGUAGAGGAAAUUGUAUCUGAUGAGGUUCUGGGAAAGCACUGUCUUGACACUGGAAAUAUCUGCGUGAUUGCAAUUGUUCAGGAGGAUAAAGACGAGACAUUGGCUAUGUUCAAGGCGUUGAAUGAAGCUAGUAGUAACCCACCUUUGUUCAGAUUCGGUUGGAUGACUGACUUGAAGGCUACACAGAUCAUGGACAAGCUUGACCUUGUCCAUGAUUUCCCUACUCUCUUUAUUUUACAUCCCGGAAAGAAGCUCUACAGACCUUAUAUUGGUGCUUGGGAUCAAGAAAAGAUUAAGAGAUGGCUCGGGGAUAUCUCAUCUGGAAAGGUCUCUGCGUGGCCCUACAAAGGCGCUCUGACAAUUUCCAAUAGCGAUAAACAGUGGAGAGAUGAACUGUAAAUGUGAUUGGCUAAUACCUAAAACACAGGGCAGGAAUAAUAACAAGAAGAAUAAAAAGAAAAAAGAUAUUAGUUUCUUAAAAAAAAAUAAAAAAAAAUGCAUUAUUGUCAUG